CAUCGACACGCGAGCUUCCCGGAAACUGGAAAAAGAGCCUCUGAAACAAAGAGAUAAAUACAUGUGAGUGAGGCAUUUGGUGAUAUUUGAAUCCGAACUGAAGAGCUUGUUGCAAGAGAAAGCAAGUCUGUGAAGUUCUGAAGCUGCCAUUUUUGAGACCUUGGUUUGUGAGAGCUAUUUCUUUCGCUUCCCUCCACAUCGAUCCAGUUUCAGGUCAUAGCAAGAGAUUAUAGUCACAUGGAGGCAACUUUUACUCUAACGCUCAUAGAAGUUGUAUUGAUUUUGCUGGCUAUAGCAAUUUCUAAAGCUAUCAUAUUAAUCUCUCCACUUGAUCCUAGUCGUAAAGAUGCUGAUGCUGUUGAUUCGAUUCCCUCGGUUUCUUCUCCUUCUCAUAUCAUUGAUGCUCCUCCUGCAAUCAAGUAUGAAGUGUUUCUUAGCUUUAGAGGGGAAGACACUCGUCACACUUUCUCAAGUUAUCUCUACGAGGCACUUCGCCAAGCGGGCAUUCAUACUUUUAUGGAUCACAAGCUCGAUAAAGGAGAUUAUAUCUCACCGAUCCUUCUUAAAACAAUAGAGGAAUCAGAGAUAUCUUUAAUCAUUUUCUCUGAAGAUUAUGCAUCUUCAACAUGGUGUAUGGAUGAACUCGUUCAUAUUAUGAAAUGUAAGGAUAAGUAUGGAAGGCUUGUUGUCCCAAUUUUCUACAACGUAGAUCCAUCAAAUAUUCGGAAACAGAAUAGCAAAUUUGGAGAUGGAUUUGCUAAGCUCAUACAGAGAUCUAAGCACGACCAAAACAAAGUGCAGGAGUGGAAAAAUGCUUUGACCAAAUCAGUAAGCCUAGUUGGGUGCGAUUCAAAGAAUUUCAGGUAG